AUAUCUAUUUGGUGUUGUCUAUGAAACGUUUACCGUCAUAGAAAAAAUUGUGAAUUGUCAUACACGUCAUUGUCAAUCAAUAAAAUAACUUAAACAUGUAAAUAUGUUCGUAUUAAUAUAAAUAAUAAAUACACAAAACUGGCGACGAUGACGGAGGAAUUAGAACGCUUUACGCGCCUGCGGGCAUCGGUACGUGGUCAGCUUACAAAAUUAGACCAACAACUACAACAAUUACACAUUACAUCGGACUUCGAAAUAUGUCAACGGCUUACAAGCCUUGAAAAUUACGAGAAAAAGUUUGACAACAUACAGAAUGAAAUAGAAUCACGAACAGAAAAUAUAGAAACAGAAAUCGAACAGCGCCACGCAACAGAGGAAAGUAUUUUGCAAUUAAAAUUGAAGUUACACGGCUUACGCCCUACCCCCGCUGUCGAUGCAUCCUCAACUUACGUGUCGGUAUCGCAGCACGCUCGAAGUCUUGAAGGUACGCGCGAUAAUACACCCGCGGCGGUACACAGACCUAAGAUUACAUUUCAACCAUACCAUGAUCGCGAAGAUUUUACUAAUUUCAUACGAAGGUUGGAAACUUACAUGAAACUAAAUAUAUGUGAAGAUUCAAGAACCCGGACGCUGAUGCUAUUAAGCUCUAUACCCCCAGACUUACACCAAAAAGCCUACGACUUAUGUGCACCCGACGAUCCCUGUGAAAUGGAUUUCGAUAAGGUUGCCAAAAUAUUGAAGGAAUACGUAGACCCAAAACCUAGCGUUUGGGCAUGCCAACAUAAAUUUAUUACGAGAGUUCAAGAUACACAUGAAUCAAUCAUGCUUUAUACCUCGCAAUUGAAACGAUUAUGCCAAGACUGCGAGUUUUCGUGUAGCCACUGUAAGAGAUCAAUCUGUGAUCAAUUUCUCACUCUACAAUUUAUAAGAGGCUUACGCGACAACGACAUAAGAACAAAACUCUUACAAGAAGCAAAGGUAACAAGUUUCACAGACGUAGUUAAAACUGCAACUACACUCGAACUGGCAAAAUCUGACAGUAGCUACAUCUCACCUGCAUCCUGCUCUACGCAAGAACCUCAAGACCAACACAUAAUCAAAACUGAAUACAAUAAUUCUAAACGUAAAAUGGAUAACAAACCUCUUUCGAUUAAAGAUUUAAAAGGAAAAUGCUUUCGCUGCGGGAGUCAAGAACAUCAAGCAAAUACGUGUCGAAGCAUAAAUGAUACAUGUACCAAGUGCAAACGAAAAGGCCACCUUGCUCGAGUUUGUUUACGAUCUACACAAGCUAACAAACAAAUAGAACAUGAUCUCACGGAAGAACUUGAUACGGAUAGCUCGUCUGAAACAGUCGAUGACAACACACCCUGGGAUAUGAACUUGAUACAAUCCCGUAACACAGAUAAGUUUAUGAUAAACGUGUCUCUUAACAACAAGGACACCGUCAUGGAAGUAGAUACAGGUGCGGCCCUGUCGUCCAUGUCCUACAAAAAUUUCCAGAAAUUGAAUACAGGGUGUAAGAUAUACAAAACUAAAAUUAAAAUGAUUACAUACACGAAAGAAGUUUUCGCACCAUUUGGCGUAGCUUAUGUCACAUGCAAAUACAAGGAUAAAAUUUUUGACGGAAAACUUUACAUUAUGAAGCAAGACUUGGACGCUAUCUUUGGCCGAACAUGGAUACGCGCAAUUAACCUAUUUGGCAUGAACAACAUCAAUCAAGUCAACAUAGAAACACAUCCAGAGAUAGAAAAACUUAUAACUGAAUUUUCCAAUGUGUUUGAUGGUACCCUAGGUUGUAUACCUAACUUCAAAGGUCGUUUCAUUUUGAACGAAAAUUCAACGCCUAUCUUUGUCAAACCUAGACGCAUUCCAUAUGCGCUAAAGGAUAAGGUAGAUGACGAAAUAGAACGAUUAUGUAAACAAGGAGUCAUUACAAAGAUUGACAACUCGGAAUGGGGAACACCUGUUGUACCAAUUGUCAAACCUAAUGGUAGCAUACGCUUGUGCGCAGACUAUAAGGUCACCCUGAAUAAAGCCAUUAAAGAUGAGCAGUAUCCCAUCCCUAUCAUAGAAGAUAUCCUGGUAGAGAUGAAUGGAGGAGAGUUGUUCUGUACAUUGGACCUUAGCCAAGCCUAUUUACACAUGAUGAUGGACGAAGAAAGUGCCAUGAUGCAGACCCUCAGCACACAUAAGGGAACUUUUAAAGUAAACAGACUCAUGUUCGGGGUCAAAGUAGCCCCAAAUUUAUGGCAAAAGUUCAUGGAUCAACUACUACAAGGAAUCAUUGGCGUUAAAUGCUUUUUCGAUGACAUCAUCAUCCAAGGAGCUUCAGAAAAACAACUGCUGGCUAGACUACGACAAGUAUUACAAAAACUUAAAGAAAACAACUUGAAACUUAACAAAGAAAAAUGCCAUUUUAUGAAAGCGAGCAUCGAAUAUUUAGGGCAUACUAUAGAUAAAAAUGGUUUACACAAAAAUAAAAACAAAGUAAAGGCUAUUACAGAUACUAAACCACCCAGUAACGUAAAUGAAUUAAGGACCUUUCUAGGCAUGGCUAAUUAUUAUAACAAAUUCAUACCGAACUUAGCCUCAAUAUCUACGCCUUUGAAUAACCUACUUAAGAAAAACGCACACUUUGUGUGGACACGGCAGUGUGACGAAAGUUUCAAUAGGAUCAAACAGGAAAUUCUCAGCGAUAGGGUAUUGACCCACUUCAACCCAGAACGUCCACUAGUUUUGGCUACAGAUGCAUCACCCACGGGACUUGGAGCUGUUCUAUCGCACCGCUUACCGGAUGGUUCGGACAGACCAAUAGCAUUCGCAUCCCGCUCAUUAACAAGUAGCGAGAAAAAAUACAGCCAAAUAGACAAGGAAGCUACAUCGCUGUUCUGGGGCCUCAAAAAGUUCUUCCAUUAUUGCUACGGACGAAAAUUCAUUCUUGUGACUGAUCAUAAGCCGCUAACUACCAUUUUUCAUCCACACAAGACCUUGCCAGCAAUGAGCACAAUGAGACUUUUCCACUACGCACAUUUUCUAUCCGGAUUCAAUUACACAAUCGAGUACCGGACUUCUAACGAUAACAGCAAUGCUGACUAUUUAUCAAGAUUCCCAGUAGAUACAAUAGCUCCUAAUAUAAUUGAUGUACACACCGCAUUUCAACUAAAUCAAAUAAAUACAAUCACGGUUGACCGUGUGAAAAUCGCUGAAGAAACCUUAAAAGAUACCGAAUACAGCAUUCUACUACAAGCUCUGAUGGCGGGAACAACUGUUCGCAGAUAUGGCUACAAUGAUAACGAACUUACGAUUCAAGAUGGAUGUCUCUUAAAGGGAGCGCGAGUCAUGAUUCCUGUAGCGCUGAGGAAACGGGUAUUAGAUGAGUUACACUCAGGACACCUCGGUAUGGUGAGGAUGAAAUUACUAGCACGAGGCUACGUCUACUGGAAAAAUAUGGAUAAAGACUUAGAAGAUAUGGUAAGAAACUGUCGUGAGUGUCGGCUGCACCAAAACGAGCCCCCACCGGUUACACUACACCACUGGGAGCCUCCGACAGGUCCGUGGCAGCGACUCCAUAUAGACUUCGCGGGACCUAUGAAGGGACAGUCAUUAUUUAUAGUUGUCGAUGCUUACACCAAAUGGGUUGAAAUCUUCCCAACCAAAACGACAACCAGCUCUUGGUGUAUCAGAAAAUUACACGAGAUUUUUAUCACGUUUGGGUUUCCCUUAACACUCGUUUCUGAUAAUGGACGUCAAUUCAUUUCGACAGAGUUCGAAAAUUACCUUAAGAAAAAGGGAGUUGUACAUAAAACAUCUGCACCGUACCAUCCAGCCACCAACGGGCAAGCUGAGAAAUUUGUCCAGACCAUUAAAAAGGCUCUAAAUUGCAUUGACGCUGAACCUGGUGACCUGCACGACAAAAUCUUAACAGUAAAGGAACGUUUGUUAAGAACACCGAGUACCACCACCGGCAAGAGCCCAUAUGAACUUAUGUUUAACAGAAAAAUAAGAAAUAUGUUGCACGUGCAGUUCAAGACUAGGGGGGAAGAUGUGGGGGCACGGCCCGAAAGGUCCGAGGAGAACCGCGCCGUUCGGUCAUUUACCGUCGGCCAGAGAGUUCAAGCAAGAGAUUAUACUAGCGGACGUAACAAAUGGCAAUUUGGAACAGUAACUAAAACCCUUGGCCGGCUCCAUUACCAGAUUAGGAUGGAUUCUGGAGAUAUCUGGACGAGGCACACGGACCAGAUCUUGGGCACGGUAAUACCGAAAGACGCAGAAGACAGACCAUAGAGAUUUGCGACGGAGGUGUUAUAUCUAUUUGGUGUUGUCUAUGAAACGUUUACCGUCAUAGAAAAAAUUGUGAAUUGUCAUACACGUCAUUGUCAAUCAAUAAAAUAACUUAAACAUGUAAAUAUGUUCGUAUUAAUAUAAAUAAUAAAUAC